AUGCAGGAUAGAGCAAGCUUUGUCAGCAAGUCAAUCUUCCGUCAUCAACCCGAGAUGCUGGCUGCUCUCGCAGAUCCGGGUCCACAUCUAUACGACGAGGUUGAAGGCACCCCCUUCCAGGGCACCGUGUCCUUUGCACAUCUUGAAACUCCCGACUGCUUUUCAGCUGCCGAGGAUGGCAUUUUUGACAUUGCCAUUGUCGGCGCCCCUUUUGACCUGGGCGUUACAUACCGGCCUGGCGCUCGAUUCGGGCCCGCUGGAGCUAGGAUGGGCUCUAGGCGAAUAGCGCCUUCGGUGGGCUACAGGUACGUCGUAUGCAGGGCGUCAGGUCCUCCCUUGCGCACCCCUAUAGCUGUUCGACGGGGCUACCAAGUGCUGACGGCCAGCAUGGACAAUGGCGUGAAUCCCUUCCGGGACUGGGCCAAGGUGGUCGACUGCGGCGACGUGAGCAACUCGCCUUUCGAUAAGCUGCUGGCGAUACACGAGCUCCAGAAGGGCUGGGAGGCUGUCGCGAGUCGCAAGGUGCGCAACCCUGAUAACGGCACCGUGCCACGCAUCAUUGGCAUCGGUGGCGAUCACACAAUCAGCCUACCGGCAAUCCGCGCGCUGUCCAGGACAUGGGGCCGCGUGGCCGUGCUGCACUUUGACUCCCACCUAGACAGCUGGGACCCAAAGCAGCUUGGCGGCGGCAAGACAAAGUACGCAGAAAUUAACCAUGGAACCAUGUUUCACAUCCUGCACGAGGAGGGCCUCUUGUCCAAAGAUGCCAAUAUGCACCUUGGAGCGCGAACAAUGCUGUUCGAUAAGUCGUACGACUUGGAAAACGACGCGCGGUGCGGCUUCUCGUACAUUCGUGCCCGGGAGCUCGACGUUAUGGGCGUCGACAAGAUCGUUGCAAAAGUUGUGGAGACAGUGGGCGACAGCUUUGUCUACUUGAGUCUCGACAUCGACGUGCUUGAUCCAGCCUUUGCUCCGGCUACCGGAACAAUCGAGCCGGGCGGGUGGACAGCGCGGGAGAUGCUCCAGAUCCUCGACGGACUAUCUCAGGCCGGCGUCAAAAUUGUGGGUGCAGACGUUGUCGAGUUCACGCCUGUGUACGACAACUCGGCGGAGACCACCGGACUCAUGGUUGCGCAGCUCGUCUAUGAGAUUCUCCAGUGGAUGGUCCGGGUUCCUGUGUCCCCACAGUAG